CCAAAUCUUGAGCAAGGUAUCACUUUUGGAAGAGCAUAGCCAGAGAACAGUGGAGGGGGAUGGGCUAGCGGGGCUGGUAUAUUUGUAUAUAUGCAUGUCGUCUAUCUGUUUGAAGGUAUAGAUAGGAGUGGGUGAGGUUCUUACUUGUUACUCUAUCAUCAGGAGAGGAAGAAUGGCGAAAACCAGUCAAAAAGAACUGUUUGACAUGGUCAUGAAAAAAGAAUGGACAGAGGUUGUGAAAAUGUACAAGCAAAACUUGGGAAUUCACACAGCCAAGAUCACUAGUUCUGGGGACACAGCAUUGCACAUAGCUGUCUCAGAAGGAAGUGUAGAUAUGGUUGAACAACUUAUUAAAGUGCUGGAUUCCAAGGGCAGGAAGGAAGCUCUAAAAAUUCAGAACGAGCAUGGCAACACGCCUCUCCAUUUGGCUGCGGCCAUGGGAAAUAGGGCCAUGUGCAAACGCAUAAUUGAAGUGGAUGAAAGUCUGGUGGAUCAGCGGAAUGAAGACAGCCAUACACCCCUCUUCUUGACCGCUCUCCACGGGAAAAAGGUAGCUUUCGUUUUUCUCCUUAAAAUCUGCGAACAACGAGAAAUAACGAGAUACUAUCGAGGAAAGAGUGGUGAAACCAUUCUCCACUGCGCCAUUAAUGGAGAAUACUUCGAAUUGGCAAUACUUAUAUUGGAACGGCAUGAAGAGCUUGUGACCUACAUGAACGAAAGAGGAAUGUCACCUCUCCAUCUCCUGGCCAGUAAGCCUCAAAUAUUCAGAAGUUGUACUUACUUCACCUGGCUGGAAAGAAUUAUCUAUUCUUGUAUAACUGUCAAAAUGCUGCUGCCAGAACAAGAUCAGAUCAUGAACCAAAUAGGUCAAGAAUCAAGGAAGAUUGAAUCUCCAAACGUUCAACAGUUUCCAUCAAAUUAUAGCACAUGCUGCGACUUCUUGAAUCGUAUAUAUCAUGUUCUAUUGGUUUUCUAUGGAUGGGUCUCUAAUUCAAGAGCUACUGGGGAAAAUGCGAAAAACUCUGGCUCAAUGAGGGAUGCGGAGAACCCUAACGGAGAUAAUGCAAAAAGACAUGGCCAGGCGGGAUUGGAGGGGAACACGAAAGAACUGCCUCAAGGAGCGGAGAACCCAAAACGAGACCAACAUGAAGGUCAGUGUGCCUGCAUUUCAGGAGCAGAGAACCCAAAACGAGACCAACAUGAAGGUGAAGGUCCACAAAAAUUCCCACCAAAUUAUCGAACAUGCUUCGAGCUGAUGAAGCUUGUAUAUAAACUAACGCUGGUUAUCCUUGGAUUGGGAUACAGCGACAUACAGAAGAUUAAGGACGUAAAAAAGAAGCACGUAUGGUCUGUUCAUAUCCUCGAAAAAAUGCUUAAAAGUACUAAGAUUUACCAGUAUGAUGCUGCUGGAAGGUCCGGAUCAUCAGAAUCCCAAGAAGAAGAAACUUCAGUUACGAAAGCUCUCGAAUCUCCAAAUGGGGAAACUAACCAAAAUACCAUAGAGGCCAAAAAUAAUGGUCUGGACAAAACUGAUAAAACAGGUAUCUCUCUCCUUGAAUUGGUAGUGUAAAGUCUGGGUACCUUCAAAAUGACAUAAAAAGUAGGGAAAAAAAAAAACGAUAGGGCUAUUAUUAUUAUUAUUUCACUCCUAAUAGCUAGCUUUUCCAAUUUGUUUGAUGCACUGAUAUAAAGAGGAUGGUAGGUUGGAGUCUCUAGUUUUUGUAGUUGAUGUGAACUAGUCGGUUGUAUACAUGAUGAGUAGUAGGAUCAGAGGCAGCUAUAAAGAGUUUAACAUAAUUUUUCCAUCUUAUGCAACAUCUGUGUCAAAUUGUCAAAGAUCAGUGGAAACUGAUACUCUAACGUCUGUUUUGACGACAUAAAAUUGUUUUAUUUGGCUUUACUCAUAGCUCAUGCUAGACCUUUUCUCUUUUAGCUUAGGAAUUGAGUAUUGUGGUAUUGGCAGCGAUGAAAAUUGAUAGAAAAGAGACGCCAUUACUAACCGCAGCAAAGAAUGGUAUCAAAGAAAUUGUGGAGAGCAUCCUCGAGCAUUUUCCAGUUGCCAUCCAUGACACGAACUCAGAGAAGAAGAACGUUUUGCUGUUGGCAGUGGAGAAUAGACAACCCUCUCUGUAUGAUCUCUUAAAACAGAAAUAUAAUAACGAAAGUGUAUUUCAUGCAGUGGAUAUUGAAGGAAACAAUAUGUUGCAUCUUGCUGCAAAUUACAAUAAGUCUAUGAAUCCUUGGAUUAUUCCAGGUGCUGCAUUGCAAAUGAAAUGGGAAAUCAAAUGGUACGAGCAUGUGAAGAGUUCCAUGCCACCAAACUUGAUGUUGUAUAACAAUGCUGGCAAGACCGCAUUGGAGGUCUUCACAAACACACAUGAAGAACUCGUACAACAAGGCGGAAAAUGGCUAUAUAAGACCUCGAAUUCAUGCUCGGUUGUAGCAGCGCUUAUUGCAACUGUUGCCUUUACAACAACAACCAAUGUUCCAGGAGGCGUAGAGAAAGGGAAACCAGUUCGUGGAAAGGAACUAGCAUUUCAAGUGUUUUCAAUUUCAUCACUAAUUUCUCUUUGCUGCUCAGUCACCUCCUUGGUAAUUUUUCUAGGGAUUCUCACCUCUAGAUACCGAGAGAAUGAAUUUAAGAUGGCCUUGCCAACGAAGCUUCUGGGGGGUUUGUCGUUACUUCUGAUCUCCAUAGCAGCUAUAUUGGUGUCUUUCUGCGCAGGCCACUUCUUCAUUGUGGAUGAUCAGUUUAGAUCUGUGGCAGUUCCAAUCUAUGCAGUCACCUGCCUGCCAGCUGCAGCAAUUUUCGCCCUGGGCCAUUUACCUUUAUACAUGGAUCUCAUAUGUGCCAUUCUUACGAAGGUCCCAACCAUUUUUUAUAAUGGAAGGUAUACUCCGUUGGGGAGUGAAACUUGAUUUAAGAAGUUUUUAAAAACUAUAAUUUUAGUUAGUUUUUAAAAUUUAAUUAAAAUAUUUUAUUUUGAGUGAUUGAUGUAGUUUCUUAUAUUUUGGGUGUUUUGUCCUGGAAGGUUUCUAUCUUGUUACAUCAAAGCAUUUAUAUAUAUUUGAACAAGAAGGGUGUAAGACAACAAUUUUUUUAAUUCUUAAUCAAUUAUUUAUAUUCUGUCA